AUGUCGUCAGAGCACAAGUUCAGCACCAGCGCCAAGCUCGCCAACGAGGUCCUGGCGGGUGUGGCGGACGGCCUGCUGCCGCUGGAGGAGGCGGGGGAGGUGCUGAGGGACGCGCUGACCGUGCUGAGCUGCAAGGAGAUCAAGGUGACUGCCAGCCGCCUCGCGACGGGGGACGACGAGGAGGCGGCCGCCGGGGGCCUCAACGGGCCCGCCGGCACUGGCGCCGAGGCCGCGGCGCGGGCGCGGGGCCGUCUGGUGUCAGCGAUGAUGAAGCGGCACCUAGUGGAGAGCGUGGUGCCCGUAAUGGUCGAGCUGCGGCGCCUGCUGGGGGAGGCGCGCAGCCCCCUGAUGGGCGACCUCAUGGCCACCUUCUCCGCGCUGCUCAAGGAGUACAAGGGCGAGGUGGAGGAGAUACUGGUGGCAGACAAACAGCUGGCGCGAGAGAUCCUGUAUGACAUCAAGCAGGCGGAGCUGGAGAGGCAGCAGGCCGCCGCCGCCGCGGCCGCCGCCAAGACCCCUGCCGCGCCGCCCGGCCAGGGCGGCGGUGGCGCAGCAGCUGAGCGCGGCGGCAGCGGCGGCAUGGCGGCUGGCGGGUUUGGGUCCCCGCUGCCGGCGGGGGUGCUGCCAGUAAAUCCGCGCUGCCUGCGAAAGGUGCAUUCAGCCAGCUGCACCUUCUAG